AAUCAAAUCACAUUCGCCAUGACACUUUUCUUAUUUGCGGGAUCAGUAUAACGUCACCUAUCUACAUGGUAGUAGUUUUGUAUUCGAACGGCGAACGUAAACUCGAUCGGUUAAAUCACUCUGUUGUAAUUUUUAAAAACUUGUUUCAGCUUUUUUAAAAUAAUACAUAUCUGUAUACAUAUAUAUAUAUAUACACAUACCAUAUUGUAAUAAUAUUAAUAUAUUUUUUGGAAAUAUUUUUUACGUUUCAUGAAAAACGUGGUCCUCUUUCUUAUGUAUACCGAAAGUAUCUGUGUUACCACUACUAUAUUAUUACUCCGUGGUAUUUUAUUUGCUUAUACUUUUAUUAAGUAUAUACCAGCAGUUCCGUUAUAAGCCAAACUGACUUAUCUACAAAGCAGCCAUUUAAGUUUUCAGUGUCUGAAAUUAACUCCCCCCAAGCGUAGCUUGGGCGGAAUUCGUAUCGUAACACAUUACAAUUUAUAAUGCAUUUUGUAAGACUAUCUAUACAAAAUAUUUAUAUUAUUCUUUUGAGAGUAUAAUUUAAUUCCAAACGAGAAAGAAAAUGUUGAGAUUUCUUUCGCGACGACGAGCACGUAGUGUAACUGGGCAAAACACCUCGUCCCAGAUUAAAAAUCAGAGGUUACUUAGCAAUAAAAAUGUUGUGCAAUGUAGAGUUGUUUUAUUAGAUGGAACUGACUUGCCUAUAGAAUUAUCGAAAAAAGCUCUGGCCAGUGAUUUAUAUGAACAGGUAUUUUAUAGUUUAGAUUUGAUAGAAAAAGAUUACUUCGGAUUGCAAUAUACGGAUAGUAAUAAUGUUCAACAUUGGUUGGAUCCAACAAAACCGAUAAAAAAACAAGUAAAAAUCGGACCGCCAUAUACACUCAGACUCAAAGUAAAGUUUUAUUCUUCAGAACCAAACACAUUGCGCGAAGAAUUAACUCGGUAUCAAUUUUUUUUACAAUUAAAACAGGAUGUAUUAGAAGGUAAACUUCAUUGUCCACAUCAAGUGGCUGUUCAGUUAGCUGCUUUGGCUCUUCAAUCUGAAUUAGGCGACUAUGAUCCAACUAUGCAUAGUGCUGCAACGGUAUCUGAAUUCAGAUUUGUCCCAGGACAAACAGAACAAAUGGAAUUAGAGAUACUUGAGGAAUAUGCCAAAUGUUCAGGUCUCAGUCCAGCGCAAGCCGAAUCGGCUUAUCUCAGUAAAGCAAAAUGGUUAGAUAUGUAUGGAGUUGAUAUGCAUACGGUUCUUGGCAAGGAUGCAUGUGAAUAUUCAUUGGGUUUAACGCCAACUGGAAUACUUGUUUUUGAGGGGAUGCAGAAAAUUGGUUUAUUUUUUUGGCCAAAGAUUGGUCGUUUGGAUUUUAAAAAGAAAAAGUUAACGUUGGUAGUCGUAGAGGAAGAUGACGAAGGUAGAGGAGAACAAGAGCAUACGUUUGUUUUUAGACUAGUCAAUGAGAAGGCAUGUAAGCAUUUGUGGAAAUGUGCGGUAGAACAUCAUGCCUUUUUUCGUUUACGUGCUCCUGUCAAGGGUACCAGUGGUCGUCAAAAUUUUUUCCGCAUGGGAUCACGUUUUCGUUAUAGUGGAAAAACUGAAUUCCAAACUACUCAAUUAAAUCGAGCUCGCCGUACUGUUCAGUUUGAACGCCGACCGAGUCAAAGAUACGCGCGUCGACAAAGUCAUGUUUUACGAGAACGUCAACGCCAACAAGUAGAUCAGUUACAGCAACCACUUACUACCGAAGAAGAACCUCUGCAACGUCAGCCAAGUCACAGUAGUACAAAAUCGUCAGAUUCCAGUGUACAAGGGGCAUCAUCACCUUUGGUAGAUUCUUUGUUAAAAUCCCUUGCUAAAGAUCAACAACCUCUUGAAUCAAGAAAUCAAACAGCAGUUGUUAAUACUGAAAAAGAAUCUGAGCCUGUAAAAUCUACAUUACCUGUCGACAAUGCAGCUAAUCAAGUGCAAUUAGUACCUAAUAAUCAAGUCGGUGGUACUUCAUCAUUACCACCUCGUACUCCAAUACCACCAGAAUCACUUAAAUGUAAUAUAUUGAAAGCAAAAUCCCUUGAACAGGGUAAAAAUUCCAAUUUAAUUUCUAUUACGUCUGUGGAUCAAUCUGCAGUUACAGUAAAAAACAGUCAGCAUACUGAUGCGGCAACUAUUGUUUCAGUGGGCGGAGAUAAAUUAACACUUUCCGUUAGUGGAGCUGAAGUAAGCCCUUCAUCAGAUUCCACUGUAACCGUAACACAUUUCUCCUUGGACAAUUGGGGCCAAAUAGAACAAACAACUACACCAUUCAAUCCAAAAUCAAAUCAAUCUCAAAAUCCAUUCAAUCCAUUUACUACCGAUAGUAAAAACGAAGCUACUAAUGAUGGUUCUGAUAUUACUGACACAGUCAAUACAGAAGAUGAAAAGAAAACGAAUACAAAUCCUUUUAUAGAUUCUAAUCCAUUUUUGGGUUUACUAAACCCAUUUAAAGAAUUACAACCAACAGUGGAAAAGAAAAAUGAGCCAGAUACUAAUGAUAAAACAGCUCAAGCAAGAGUUGUUAAAACUGAAGAGAUUCAAACUAUAAGAACAACGAUUACACACAAGGAUGAUAGCCCAGCUGUAUCUGAUAUCAGUCCAUGGUUAGUAGCAGAUCCAUCCCAAGCUCCAACAACAGAACAAUCACCAGGCAAACAAACAGUCAUAACUAGAAAAACGGUAAUAACGACACAGCUAUAAAUUAAUAAUUAUAUAUUUGUUAUAUCCUUUUAUUUUUACACACAACACAUUCCUAUUAUAUACUUGAUGAAAUAAUGGCAGCAAAUUAAUAUGAUUUCCUUUUCAGUCUAUUUAUUUGUUUUUCAUCUUGUUUAGUUUUUCUUCUUUUUUUAUUUUUUUAUUUUUUUUAUUUUUUUUUUUUUAUUUUUUUUUUAUUUUUUUUUUCUUUUUUUUUUAUAAAUAGAUCACAUAAAUUUAUAAUUUCCAAAUAAGUAAAGAAAUGCGUGUGAUAAAGUAUUUGACAGAAGAAAAAGAUAUUUUUUUAUAGUAAAUAAGUAUUCAUAGAUCAUAUGACUUUGAAAUGAAGUUUGCAUUUAUAUAUUAUCUAAAAAAAAAAAAAAAAAAAAAAAAAAGAAAAGAAAAGAAAAAAAAAAGAAACGAACAAACAAACAAAUGCAUAACUUUUUUCAUAUAUUUACAUUGCAUUUAAAUAUGCUUUAUAUUUCAUAGUAUUAUGAUACUAACUCACAGAUCUUUUAAUAAUAUAUUAUAAAUAAGUGUCCUUACAGUUCAGUAAAUGCGACAGUUCAUUAAAUAUGCAUUUAUACCAGAUAAAAUAUGGUGCUUGUGUUCGAUGUAAAGACUAUAAAGAAAAAAAAAAAAGGUUCAAGCAUUUAUAUAUUAUAUCAAUGUGCCUUUACAUUUAAAAAAUAAAUUUAUUCUGGAGUUAGUAUAUAUAUAUAUUGAUAUAAGUAAUAUGUAUCUUAAAAGACAUUUCUAGAAGCAAAAAGAAUUUAGAGCCAUGUAUACUGUUAUUAGAACAACAUAUAUUAUAUACAACAACCGUUUCAUAUAUACAUACAUAUAUAUAUAUAUAUAUAUAUAUAUAUAUAUAUAUAUAUAUAUGUAUAUGUAUGUAUAUACUGUUUUAUUAUUAAUAUUAAGAUAUUGCCAUCAUGUUAUUGCAUAUUAUAUAUAAAAUUGUAUAAAGAAGGGAAGUUCUUACAGACAAUAUUUUUACAACUACAAACAUGAGAACGAUAAUGAUUCAAAUCAACCAAGAUUUUUAUGCAAGACUCCUAUAGAUUGUGCAAUAUUAUAUACAUUUUAUUAUUUUCAAUUAUAAUUAAUAAUAAUUUAUUUUUAUAACAUAUCACAAGACAGACCAAUAUAAUAAUAUUUAUUUCAAUAUUAUUUAAAAUAUGAAAAUGAAUAAAUUUUAAUCCCCGAAUCCUCCAAUAAAAUUUUUCAUGAUAAAUAAGAGACUGAUACUUACCUUAUAAGAAAUUUUUAUAUAAAAUUUUUUAUAAAAUACUUAUAUAAAAAAAAAAAAAAAAAGAAAAAAAAUAUAAUAUAAGCAAAUUAUUUUAAUGAUAUUUAAAAUGAAUGAGAAUUAAUAUAUUUUUUAUGACUUCAAGGUAUAAUUUUAAUCAAAUCAUAUUAACAAUUUAUAUAUAAACAUUUGAGAUAAUAUUGCACAAUCUGCUUAUUACAUAAGUGCAGCUUAACAGUAUUGCUUAAUAUUUUAAAUUGUAUACAUGAUAAAACUGGAAAGGCUGUAUUAUAUUCUUCAUAUAUCAGAUAAAAGUUGUUUAUUGUUUGUAAAAACAAAAAAUAAACUAUCGAAAAAAAUAGUAUUAUUAUAUUUUAAAAGAGAUUACUGAGACAAAUUAAUAAGAAUUGAAAGUAAUACAUCGUUUUGGUAAUUUAAUGUAUGCUGCAUUUAUAUAUAUAUAUAUAAAAAGAGAGAUUUUAGUAAUACAGAUAUAUGCAUAUACAUAAAGCUGUUAAUUUCAAGAUUUAAUAAGUGAGGUAAAUGAUUAAAAGAUAUAUUACAGACUUUAAUUUUAAAUAACAUUCAUUAUAGUAAAUUUAUAAAUACUUAUACUUGUCACUAUGAUCCAUUAGCAAAAUUAAUGAAUGACUUCUCUUUUAGAAUGAGAAAACAAAUCCUUUAUUUUCAUAAGAAUUCACUUGUAUAAUUUGUUAUUCGUACUAUUCGUUAUUAAAGUAAAUUUCAAACAUUGUAGCUCACAUUAUAUUUUAUUGUAUUUUUUUCUUUUUUUUUUUCAAUUUUUUUGUUUUUCUUUUUUACUUUUUUUUUAUUCUUUUUUUUAUUUUUUUUUAUUUUUUUUAUUUUUUUUUUUUAACUAAUAAAUCAUUUUUCAGUAUCAGAAAACUUUUCUAUGGACGGAUACGGCAAAAAAAUUUUUUUUUUUUAUUUAACUAAUGCCACUAUAACAAUAUCUGUUAUAUUAAUAAAUAUUUAUGAAAAAAAGUUCUCACUUUUUCUGUAUUAGAUAUACAGAACAAAGUAAUGAAUAAUAUAUGACAUAUAAUUGUUUUCUUUCACUUUCAAAUUGAUUCAUUAAAAUGAUCCGUACUUAAUUUAAUUUUAAUCGAAUCUAUAAGUAAUUUAUUUACGAAAAUAACGAAUGACAUAGUUAAAGAAGAUGUAGAAGUAUUUUAUAUAUUUUAAUGAGAUGUACUUAUAUAAAUGUCAAUAAUUGCAUAUAAAGCAUAACAUAGAUUUGAAAUAUAUACAAUAUAUAAAUGUAAGUAAUUGUUUAUCAUAUAUUAUAGUGAAAGCUCUUUUCCUCGAUGCAGGAGUUAUCUUUUUUUUUCUUUUUUUAUAUUAUAUAAAUUUUACCUUUGUUAUGCUUCUGUAUAACUAUUGACAAACAUUCAUUACAUCAUAUUUACAUAUUAUGCUUGAUAUAAUAUAUACAAUGCUGAGGAUGCUUUUUGUGAUUCUAUUUCUUUUUUCUUUUUUUCUUUUUUUUUUUUCCCCCUUUCAUUUCAGAUAAUGCCAUAAAGCAUAAUAUGUAAAUGUAAGCAUUUUAAAUGACACACUAUUUCAUUGGAGUACCAAUAUAUGAAUACAUUAUAACAUUAAUAAUAGGCAAUUUUUUUUUUGCUUAUGUCCUUAGUCAUCCUUAAUUUGUGUUAUGUAUUUAGAUAUAUAUGUGUGUACAUCAUAUAUACAACACAUACAUACAUUUACAUUUGUCAUGUAUUUACACACAAUAUUAUUAUUAUUAUUAUUAUUAUUAUUAUUAUUAUUAUUAUUAAUAUUAAUAUUAAUAUUGAUACCCUGAUAAAAUCCGUCCUAAUGUGUGUCAUAUGCUGUGUAUUAAGUAAUGUAUGUACGACUUUUGCUUUUUAAUAAAAACAUUGUAUCACUAAAACAAAA